CUCAACGAUCUGUCAGUCGCACAACAUGCAUAACCUCAAACCUCAAAGUAACCAAAACAGCAACAAAUGAUGUAUACGUUUCUAAAUAGUUUCUCGGUCACAACGCUAUUGGACGAUGGAUCGAACCAUCGUUGUUAAAUUAAGAGUACUUAAAACAAUUUGUGGCCAAUGUUCGAGUGAGAAUCAAUGAGUGUCCGCCAACGUGAUUUCGUCGAGUUUGUGUGUAAAAAGUGUUUUAAAUAUGCUGAAUUUUUAUAAUAAUAUUAUAUAAACAUUAUUAAAACGCAGUAAAAAAUAGUGAUACGAUUAUUAAAGCGUACUUCAAGAACUUGGUCACGCCGCCGGGUAACAUCUGUGAUUUUACUGGCUGCCGAAAGACCUGCCAUUGGCGCGAUGAGAGACUGAUACCGCUAAUGCCGACUAAUCUAAUAGUAUUAGAAUUAUCAUCGACAACUGUGGACCAAUAUUACAUCUGAGAGAUUACUGCAUAUUAAACGAGUGUCUUACGAUCGGCCUUCAUUUAGAUUUAGUUUUAUACAAGUAUAUUAAAAAUUUUAAAAAUGUCGUCGAAGACUGAGAGCAGUGACUUGCCUAAUGGUAUUCACAAUCCAUGCGAGCCGAUCAACUCCAAGUUGUUCCCGGGCGAGGAUCCCGUCAGGCAUGACGUCUCCGGGAGUGUCAUGGAUGGAUUGAUCUUGGACGUGAAGAACCCGAGUUACACCGUCUACAAGAUAAGAUGGUUCACGUUGGGGCUGUUCGUACUGUACUCGGCUUCCAACUCACUGCAGUGGACGCAAUACACCAUCAUAUCUGACAUAAUAGUUAGAUACUACGGAGUCAGUAGUAACGUAGUGUCGUGGACCUCCAUGGUGUACAUGCUGACGUACGUGCCCCUCAUCUUCCCGGGCAGCUGGUUACUGGAUAAGACGGGUUUGAGGACAACGACGAUAAUAGGAUCGUUCGGGACCUGUGCUGGAGCAUGGUUGAAGGUGUUCUCUGUGCCACCGGACAUGUUCUGGCUGGGCUUCGCUGGACAGACCGUGGUGGCGGUGGCACAGGUCUUCAUACUGAACGUACCUCCGAGACUGGCAGCCGUCUGGUUCGGAGCUGACCAGGUCUCCUCGGCCUGUAGCAUUGGGGUUUUUGGUAAUCAGCUGGGUGUUGCCCUGGGAUUCCUUCUCCCUCCUAUGUUGGUGAGGUCCACGGGAACCCCCGAGGAGAUCGGAGCUGAUCUCCAGAUAAUGUUCUACUUGGUAGCAGGAGCCACCAGCGUCCUCUUUGUGUUCAUCGUGCUAUUCUUCAAGUCUGCUCCCCCCACGCCUCCGUCAGCGGCGGCCGACCUCGGUUCCAGCCUGGACUCCAACUUCCUCCAGUCCAUCAAGAAGCUCCUCACCAAUCGCAACUACAUCCUGCUGCUCAUCUCAUACGGCCUCAACGUUGGCGUGUUUUACGCCAUCUCCACGCUCCUCAACGAGCUCGUCCUUACAUACUAUCCAGGUGCCAACGAGGACGCGGGUCGGAUCGGUUUGGUGAUAGUGGUAGCGGGUAUGGUGGGGUCCGUGGUGUGCGGCCUGGUGCUGGACAAGACUCACCGCUUCAAGGAGACCACGCUGGCGGUGUACGCGGCCUCCGUCCUGGGCAUGCUGGUGUUCACCUUCACCUUGGACUGUGGAUACAUCGCCGUCGUCUACUUCAGCAGCAUCGUGCUCGGUUUCUUCAUGGCCGGUUAUUUACCAGUCGGCUUCGAGUUCGCGUCUGAGGUCACUUACCCCGAACCCGAGGGUACUACAUCUGGGAUACUCAAUGCUUGUGUUCAGGUUUUCGGUAUAGUCCUGACUCUGCUGUUUGAGUGGAUGUUGGGUGCUGCCGGAGACCGCUGGGCCAACCUGUGUCUGUGUGGUCUUCUGGCACUGGGAACCGCGGUAACGGCCGCCAUCAGGUCUGACCUCCGACGACAGGCCGCUCAGAACAAGGCCUAGAUACAACUAUAAAAUGUGGCUCCCCAAUUUUAGAACUGACUACUGGAUGAAAAUAAAAUCUCCUAUGAAAUCAUGCCAUUCACACAAUCCUGUUACGCAACAAAACUCUAUCAAGGAGAUUGUCUAAAAUAUCUCUCUACUGUGUUUUGAAAUUGGGCGGCCCACAAGCCACAAUACAACCCCAUUACUGACUAAACAACAUUCAAUCAUAUGUCUAUAUUAUAGGGUUCAUUUUCGAUUGUUCACUUUCACUGCCUUUUCUUAUUUAACUGACAUCACAGCAUUAUAAAAGUGUAUAUUAAUUGACUUCCUUGGACUAACAUUUUAUUGUUGUUGAAAAAUCUAUUUAGUGUUUUCUUAUCCCUUAAAUAAUGAAAUUAAUGCACCAAUGACAAUACUUCCGUCUACAGACAAAGAUUUUUUCUUAAAACCAAAGAAAUUGUCACAUUAAAGUUUUAUUUACUAAUAAUUUGCAGUUCUACAGAAAUUCAAAUGAAAACAUAUCAGUCACAGAACUCAUACGGUAAAAGUUAAAUCCCAUUUCAUAUAUAUUUAUUUCUGCUUGAAAUCUUAUUCAAGCUAAUAUCGUCUUAACAGCAUUUAGUUUUAAUAAACUAAUACAAUACCUACAUUUGAAACUACAUAACACGACAUUUGUUCAGAUAAGUCAGAUAACACACUGUUGAAUUUAAAUAUAACAUAAAAUAAGCGUUAAUCCAACAGAUUCUGCAUUUAUGUCAUACAUUUAUAAUAUUUUAUUAUACAUAUACGUAUUUAUAAGUCGUUUGAAAAUGUAAUCUCUAGUGUUAAAAACAUUUAAAUGUAACAGUUAGCUUUCAAGCAUUAGUUAAUAUCAAAUAUUAUAACGUAAGGGCGUUCUGUAUGUAGAAUGUGUUAGAUAUAAUUACCUCAUAGCUCUAGUGUGAUCUAUAAUAACGCGACAAUAAUUCAGUGUCUACGUACCGAGGUUUGUCUCUAGGGCUCAUGUGAUAGUCUAGAUUCUAAAAAUAAAUAGCAUUUAAUUACAAACACUGCAUAUAUACAAGUAUAUUAUAUUUUGAAAUGAUUUUUUGUCACGAAUUGACGUUGACGUAUUAUGAUGAAAUCUCUCAGCAGUGUUGCCAGUGGGAUUUUAUAUUCCAUAGAAUAGUUUUUAAGGGGCUUAUAUUACGGUAUUAUUAAUUUUAAAUGAUAUACCUAUAUUGAUUAUUGGGCUGAUAUUUGUUCCUUUAAAAGGCUUGUGAAUUCGUUGUGUGUAUUUCAUUGUGAGUGUUAAUUAAGUUUUUGUUGUAAGUUAUAAAAGUAUUAUGUUGAUGGUUGUGUUACAAUUUGUUGAUUACAUUUUUUGACACAUAUAUAUUUAUUCUUUAGUUAAGAUAUAGCCACAAAAUUGUUUUUAUGUUCAGAUAUUUUUUUAAAUAAGACGUCAUCGUUCUGAUUAUAUAAUAAUAAAAAUGUGUAAAACGUAUAAUUCAUAAGAUAAAUGACAAUAAACACGAAUGUAUUUGCAUGUUAGAAGAUUAAUGCUGUUUUGUAUUAGAACGUAACUUAUAGAAUACGGUACAAUAUUUGGAAGAAAAAAGAGCAAAAUAAAAAAAAAUAAAUUGCUAAGUUUGAAAAUUAGACAAAAUUUAUAAUAAAAAAUCUUUUAUCCGUUAUACGAUUUUGAUGUACAAUGAAUCCAAUAAAAAUAUUUCUUUUUUUUUGACGAAUCUAAAUUGUAUGACGUUAUACUGCUUUUAAAUUCUAAGAAGCUUCUAGCAUCGAUGUUACAGAUUUGUUUACUUAAUAAAGUUUUAAAAAGCA